AUGAGUUACGAAGGAGGUUACUUUGAUAAUGCAGGAACAUCCUCAUCUCAGCCAAACCCAGAAGUUGAUCGUAGCGCCGAACGCGCAAUUCGCACAGUUACAGUCCAUCAACUUUUAAAGGCCCAUACUGAGACCCCUAUGGAUGAUGUUUUGGAGCUCGAUAACCAUCCCAUCAAGCAUGUUCGUUUUGUUGCACGCAUCAUUUGGAAAUCUGAACCUUAUGCUACUAACCAACAAUUUCGAUUUGAAGAUGGUACAGGCAUAAUUUCAGGUAAAGUUCUUUUUAAAAAUGAUCUCAGUACGGCAGCUCCAGAUGAUUUUGAUGAAGCCUUUUCAACCGAUGGAGGCCUAAAUAAAAAGAAUACUGAGAAAACAGAAAAAUACCAACUAGAUUUUUACUAUUCUAUAAUGGCAUCAAUCACUCGCUUCAACAAUUCAAACUCUCUCACAGUCAACCAUAUGCAACCAGUAACAGAUUUCUCUCAAGUAGCCUUUUCCCAACUCAAAGCAAUUCGAGAACAUAUUCAUUUUACAAAACGUCAAAAGAAAAAUGGAAAUAAUCAAGGAUCUAAUCAACCUAAACAGCACGGCAAUAAUGAUCUCUUCGUCUCAGGCGGAGGUGCCGGCGCAGGCGUCGACUCUUCCUCAGCUUCACUGGCUUCGCGAAUUAAAACUCUUUUAAGUUCUCAACAAUCUCCCGAUGGACUUCAUCAGGAUAUUAUUGUAGCAAAGGUCGGUGGUAAUAAGCCUGCAGUUGAGCAAGUUUUACGCGAGCUUAUUGACCAAGGUGAUUUGUAUGAAGUUGGAGAUAAUCAUUUUGCGUUGGUGUAA